CUGGGCUCAGUGUGUUAUUUGCCUCACUCCGGGUAAAAUAUGCGAGUCUGCCUGUGACUCCGCCCACUCUGACCAACAUACCGCAUUACUUAGGACAAAGUGACCAGUGUACUUGGAGUAUUCGGGUUCUCAAAACUGUUUUGUCAUGGUGCGACCCCCCUUGUCUGCUUGGCUGGCUUUAGGACUUGCCAGAAAAGCAGCCUUCCCACAUUCCCGACACUUCCCUGUUUCCUGCUAUAGCACCACUUCAUCUGAUCAGAAAACUCCAUCCUUCAGCUAUGUCAUUGUGGGGGCAGGCUCAGCAGGAUGUGUGCUGGCCAACCGCUUAUCAGAGAAUCCAUCUGAGUCUGUCCUCCUCUUGGAAGCGGGGCCCAAGGACUUGCUGCUUGGGUGUACCCGCCUGUCGUGGAAGAUACACAUGCCAGCAGCACUGACCUACAACCUCUGCGAUGACAAGUACAACUGGUUCUAUCACACACUGCCACAGGCAGGAAUGGAUGGCCGGAUCUUGUACUGGCCUCGCGGCCGUGUCUGGGGUGGCUCGUCCUCACUCAAUGCCAUGGUCUAUAUCCGUGGGCAUGCUGAGGAUUACAACCGCUGGCAGACAGAAGGUGCUGAGGGCUGGGACUAUGAGCGUUGCCUCCCAUACUUCAGGAAAGCCCAGACCCAUGAAUUGGGAGCGGAUCAAUACCGGGGUGGCAGUGGACCCUUGCAUAUUUCCAGAGGCAAAACUGAUCACCCUCUUCACCAUGCGUUUAUCGAGGCUGCUCAACAAGCUGGCUACCCCUUCACCAAGGACAUGAAUGGGUACCAGCAGGAAGGUGUUGGCUGGAUGGAUAUGACCAUUCACAAAGGCAAGAGAUGGAGCACAGCAAGUGCAUACUUGCGGCCUGCUCUGUCCAGACACAACCUGAAGGCGGAAGUGAGAUGUCUGACCACACGGAUCCUUUUUGAUGGGACUCGAGCAGUGGGAGUGGAGUACCAACAGAAUGGUCAGAUGAAGAAGGUAUUUGCUGACAAGGAGGUCAUUGUCAGUGGCGGGGCCAUUAACUCCCCACAGCUGCUUAUGUUGUCUGGGGUGGGAAAUGCUGAUGAUUUGAGCAAACUGGAAAUCCCCAUCGUGCAGCACCUUCCAGGUGUGGGAAGUAAUCUCCAGGAUCAUUUGGAGCUGUACGUCCAACAGCAGUGCACUAAACCUAUCACUCUAUACAAAGCUCAGAAACCAUUCCACAUGGUUAAGAUCGGCCUAGAGUGGCUUUUGAGCUUCACAGGUUAUGGUGCUACAGCUCAUCUGGAGAGCGGUGGUUUUAUUCGCAGUCGCCCUGGCGUCACUCAUCCUGACAUCCAGUUUCACUUUCUGCCAUCUCAGGUUAUCGACCAUGGCCGUGUCAUGCCCAAACUCGAGGCUUAUCAGGUACACGUUGGACCAAUGAGGAGUAGGAGUGUUGGCUGGUUAAAACUGAAGAGCAGAAAUCCACUUGAUCACCCUUUGAUUGAACCCAAAUACCUCUCAACUGACGUUGAUGUUUUGGAGUUCCGGGAGUGUGUGAAGCUGUCACGUGAAAUCUUCGCCCAGCCAGCCUUUGGGCCGUUCCGGGGUGUUGAGCUGCAACCUGGCAUCUCUGUCCGUUCUGAUGCUGAGAUUGACGCCUUUGUGCGGCAGAAAGCAGACAGUGCCUAUCACCCGUCCUGCACCUGCAAGAUGGGCCAAGCCACGGACCCAAUGGCUGUUGUGGACCCAGAGACGUGUGUGCAUGGCUUGCAGGGCCUCAGGGUGGUGGAUGCCUCAGUCAUGCCCAGUAUAGUCAGUGGCAACCUGAAUGCCCCCACAGUCAUGAUUGCUGAGAAGGCCGCUGAUGCAAUCAAGGGGCUUCCUUCACUCCAAGAUCAGGGUGUCCCUGUUUACCAGCCAGCCAGUCUGGAGACGCAGAGAUGAGAGUGCCUGAUGGGAUAAAAGGGAGGAGGAUGUGGAGGAAUUUAUGUGAGUAUAUGCUAGGUUUAUAUACUGCUGUACUGGGAUUAGGGAAUCUAAAAUAUAUUUAACUUACUGACAUACUGAUAAAAAGAUGUUAUGUCGGGACACACCCUGUCCUUUUACAUGCUACAAGAUUUUUUAAAGCAGAAUAUCCUGUUUUUAAAUAACACAUUCUAUAUUGCUUUGAUGAACUACUGUAGGCAAAGAUUGAGCUUUUUAAUUCCAUUUAAUUAAUAUUCAGUUUUUCAAACAGAAUAUUUAAUAUUUGCACAGCUGCUACAGUCUGGUUGUAAGAAACUAUAAAGUUGUAAACAGAUACUGUGACAUGACCUCUAGCACACCAAGAUGCUUUGAUAAUGCCUUAUUCUUUUAAUAUUAAGCAGUAUUUGUUGGCAGUGAACACUUAUGAAUUGUGCCUUAGAGGUCAGUUUCUGACAUUUUAUGCAGUACGUCAAAAACGUGAGUUCGUUCUUGAUUUUUGAUUUUUUUUUAAAUACAUUUUAAAAUAUGGAUUUUGUAUUAAUUACUUCACUUAAUUACACUAUAUGAUGGUUCUUAAUCAUUCACUAUGCAGUCUCAGUGGACAGUCACACGUAUUAGUCUGUUUGCAGAGUCCACAUAAGAGUGAAUUUGUUACUUAUGGUUUGUUUACUAUUUGGUUUGAUUUGGUUUCACACUACACAUAAUUAAAUGAACAAAAAAGCAAAAAACAUUGGCUGAGGUCAGUGUAGGGCUGAAAACAUGCACGUUAAACUAUUUAAUUUGUUGGUCAGAAAUAUGCUGACCCCAGGGUUUGAUUCAAAUGAACUAAGCACCGCAUGUGAAUGCAUAAUUAAUGCCUUAUUGCACAAACCUUUAGUAAGCAUAUUGUUGUACACAGUGGGGAUUUGGGGAUUAUAAAUUGUGAUAUGUCUAUAAAAAAGGGAGUUGAAUUUUCUUCUACAGGUAUAAGCAUUACUGAGCUGCUGUAUAAACACCAGAAGAGUUACUCAAGUCUGUAAUUUACAUUUCUGCAAUUAUACAUUUCUGCAUCAGUGCCUAACAAAACACAUGUAGAAGCUACAUUCAGGGAAAUGUAGUAGUCUAAUGGUUCAUGAUGUCUUGAUGACUACCAUAGCACUGAGUAUUUUUAAACAAUUUAUUUGUUUAGAAAAUAAUCCAGGCCAAGAACAAGAGAGAAAAGCUAAUGUACAAAAACAGAUUGUCCAUCAAUACAAAACUGGUGAUUCAGGGCAAUGAGCUACAGGCAGAUCUUGGAAUACUUGAAAUAAAUCGUUCUUGAAUAAAGGGUAUGAUGUCAUGUACACAAAAUCACUAUAUGAAAAUAAACCAUUUUAAUUUAAAACUUU